AUGGACGAUGAUGUGGCAUGUCCAUGUAGCCUUUUUUGCAAAGGUGGCAUGCUUGGUGGAAUUCCGUUAGAGGAAAGGCCUGAUAUUCAAGAUCUGAAAAGAUUAAUUCCCAAGCAAUAUGAGCUUAAGGGCGAAUGCAAUAUUGAUCUAUUGAGUAAUAGACAUGUACUCAUUAGGGUGUCACAGCUGGAAGAUUACAUUCAUCUUCUGUCAAAGCCAACCUUUUACAUUAAUCACCGUGAUUGGUCAUAUGAAAUAAGAACUCUGAAGUGGGAUCCAAUGUUUAACUCAGGGGAGAAAACAACAACGACAAUUGCUUGGAUUUCAUUCCCGUCUCUUCCUCCAAAUUUAUUUGGCAAGGAAACUGUUUUUCCACUUGCGUUAGCGGUGGAAAGACCUUUGCAAGUUGAUUUGGCUAUGAAGAAUCAAACUCGUCCAAGUUAUGCGAGAGUCAAAGUUGAGGUGGAUUUGUUGGGUGAAUUUCCAACAUGCAUUAACGUAGGAGUGAAAAAGCAGAACAAAGAAGUAUCAGAAAAGUGGAUUACAAUCAAAUAUGAUUACGUUCCUAAAUACUGUAAAACCUUUAUGAUUCAAGGACAUAAUGAACAACAGUGUUAUAUGGAACAUCCGGAGUUAUAUCCCAAAAAAGAGGAGGCGGAAAAUCAAAAAGGAAAAGAGGAGGCUAACAACAAUGAAGAAGACAACAAGCAACAAGAGACCAAGGAUUCAAAGAAGGAGGAAAAUGGGGAGCAAUGA